AUGGAGUUUAAAGAGGCACUCAUGGCACUCACGCAGCAGCAACAAUUGUUCAUGCAACAGCAGCAGCAGCAACAAGUACUCUUGCAGCAGCAAAUGAAGCAACAACAGGAUUUUAUGAAUCACAUGUCUACGAUGUGGACUAAGUCAACGGAUUCUUCGCAGAGGAAUGCAAAAAUGGAAUCAUUAGCAAAUUCCAUGACCGAAUUCAUUUACGAUCCAGAAAAUAAUUUGACUUUCGAUGUGUGGUAUGUAAGAUAUCAAGGUCUAUUUCAAGAGGACGCACAGGAUUUAGACGACGCAUCCAAGGUCAGACUUCUAUUACGAAAAAUAAAUACAAUUUCGCAUAAACAGUAUGUUGAUUAUAUUCUGCCAAAGAUAUACAAAGACUUUGAUUUCCAAACCACAGUGAGCAAACUCACACAAUUAUUCGGAAAAAAAAGUUCUCUUUUUCAUCAGCGAUAUGAUUGCAUGAAUACGACAAAAUCACCAAAUCAAGAUUUCGUUUCACUUGCAGCGCUAGUAAACAAACGUUGCGAGGAAUUCAAAAUUUCUACAAUCACUGCCGAUCAAUUUAAAUGCCUUAUUUUUGCAUGUGCUUUAAGAUCGCCUGCGGAAGCCGAUAUACGAACAAAACUUCUCAACUUAAUCGAUACAAAGUCAGAUACACUUACAAUUGACGAUCUUACAAGAGAAUGUCAGCGAUUAAUCAAUCUCAAGCAUGACACAUCAGUGAUUCAAAACCAAAAAUCGACAGAGUCCAAUGCCGUAGCGAUUGUCAAAACUGAUAAACAACGUAAACCGCAGGUGACAAACUCAAAUAAAUCAAGGAAUCUGCAAGGUAAGAAACAAAUCAAAAAUUCUUUACCUAACAAAGAUUCAACACCUUCAACACCGUGUUGGUUUUGCGGACAAUUGCAUUAUUCUAAGUUUUGUACUUUCAAAAAUCAUAAAUGUCAAAAAUGUAAUACUGUCGGUCACAAAGACGGAUAUUGCGCUUCAACUCAGAGAGUCAAAACGAAAACAAAUAACGAAACGGCAAAUCAAAACGUCAAGACGAUUAAGGUCAAUCAAGUAAAUUCAAAUCUUACUCGCAAAUUUGUGAAUAUUUCGAUAAAUAAUCAACCAAUUAAACUUCAACUUGAUACGGGAUCAGAUAUUACCAUUAUAUCAGAAAAGAUUUGGUCUUUGUUGGGAAAGCCUACAGGUUGUUCAACGUCUCAUGUUGCACGUGACGCGUCGGGAAAUCAGAUCAAUUUCAAUCAAGAAAUUUAUUGUGAAGUAACCUUGAACGGAGUUAUCAAACAACUACGAUGUUUCGUAACAGCAAAUUCGGAUCUCAACAUCAUGGGUCUCGAUUGGAUCGCAGCUUUCGAUUUAUGGCAAUGCAGUCUCAAUAGCUUCUGUUCCAAGAUCCAUUCUCAAGCAGAUUCGACGCACUUUGAUAUAUCCUUCAUUAAAGAAAAUUUUAAAGAGGUUUUUUCCUCUCAAUUAGGUCGUUGCACAAAGACUAAAGUCAAACUGAAUUUAAAAAAUAAUUCAAAACCUAUUUUCAGACCUAAGAGACCGGUUGCUUACGCAAUUUUAUCUUUAGUCGACGCAGAGCUUACAAGACUGGAACAAAAUGGAAUCAUUUCACCAAUCAAGUAUUCAGACUGGGCAACUCCAAUAGUUGUAGUAAGAAAAAAAAAUGGAAAGAUUAGGAUCUGUCCGGAUUUCUCAACUGGACUUAACGAAUCAUUGGAACCUAAUCGUUAUCCACUUCCAUUACCAGAUGAAAUAUUUUCGCAACUGUCAAACUGUAAGUAUUUCAGCCAGCUAGAUUUGUCAGACGCAUUUCUUCAAAUUGAAAUAGAGGAGCAAUCAAGGCAUCUUCUAACAAUCAAUACUCACAGAGGUUUAUACGUUUAUAAUCGUUUACCUUUCGGAGUCACCAUAGCUCCAGGUGAAUUUCAAUCAAUCAUGGAUUCAAUGAUAUCUGGACUAGAAAACGUUUUUGCUUAUAUUGAUGAUAUUGUUGUGGGUGGAGCUACAGUUCAAGAGCAUAAUCAAAACUUAACUUAUUUAUUAGAGCGAAUAAAGGAUUAUGGUCUACAUCUGCAAAUAGAGAAAUGUUGUUUCUUUACUACACAGAUCAAUUAUCUGGGUUAUGUCAUCGAUGGACAAGGAUUACAUCCAGAUCCUACAAAAGUCGAAGCAAUUAAAAACAUGCCUGAACCACAUAAUUUAACUACAUUACGUUCGUUUUUAGGAGCAAUCAAUUAUUAUGCACGUUUCAUUUCAAAUAUGCACAUUCUUAGACGUCCUUUGGAUAAUCUUUUAAAAAAGGAUUCUAAAUGGAACUGGUCUCCAAAAUGUCAAGAAUCUUUUAAUCAAUUUAAGAGAAUUCUUUCUUCAAAGCUCUUAUUAACUCACUACAAUCCUCAGCAUGAGAUUAUUGUAGCAGCAGAUGCUUCAAAUGAAGGAUUAGGAGCAUGCAUUCUUCAUAAAUUUCCAGAUCAUUCGAUCAAGGCAAUCAGUCACGCCUCAAGGAGUCUCACAGAAGCAGAACGUAAAUACAGUCAAAUUGAAAAAGAGGCAUUAGCAAUCAUUUUCGCAGUCACGAAAUUUCAUAGAAUGAUUUUCGGAAGACGAUUCAUCCUUCAAACGGAUCACAAACCAUUACUUCAAAUAUUUGGUAACAAAAAAGGAAUUCCGUCGCAUACAGCCAACCGUCUUCAACGAUGGGCACUUCAAUUAUUAUCUUACGAUUUUAAAAUCGAAUACAUCAAGACGACAGAAUUUGGACAUGCGGAUGUUUUAUCAAGACUAAUCAGUCAUCAACAACGUCCUGAAGAGGAUUUUGUAAUCGCUUCUGUCAAAAUGGAAACAGAUUUAUUCUCAGUCCUCAAUGAAUCACUUCAGUCCUUUCCAAUCACAUUUCAACAAAUCAAGGAAGCAACUAAAGAAGAUGACAUCUUACAAAAAGUUAUCAACUUUACUUUGAAUUCAUGGCCUCAGAAUGUAGAUGAUUCGGAUUUACAACCAUUUUUCCGCCGUCGAAACUCACUAACCGUGAUUCAAGAAUGUCUUCUUUUCAACGACAGAGUUGUAAUUCCUCAACAAUUCCAUCAACAAAUUCUCAAACAAUUGCAUAAGGGUCAUCCUGGAAUGGAGCGAAUGAAAAUCAUAGCACGUUCGUACGUAUAUUGGCCAAGGAUAGAUCAGCAAAUAGAAGAAUUUGUCAGAAAUUGCAGAAAUUGCACACUCGCCGCGAAAUCACCUAUCAAGGUACCAUUAUCAAGCUGGUCUCUUCCUGAAAAACCAUGGCAAAGAGUUCACAUAGAUUUCGCAGGACCGUUAAAUGGAGAAUAUUAUUUUGUUUUGGUCGAUGCCUUUUCAAAAUGGCCUGAAAUAGUUCCAACGCAAACAAUCACAGCUCAGCGAACUAUUGAUAUUCUUCAAGAAAUUUUUGCAAGAUUUGGUGUCCCUGAAAGUCUAGUUUCAGAUAAUGGAACUCAGUUCACUUCAGAAAAGUUUCAAAACUUUUGUCUUUUACAGGGAAUCAAUCAUCUGCAUACUCCACCGUUUCAUCCAAGUUCUAAUGGACAAGCAGAACGUUUCGUAGAUACAUUCAAACGGGCACUUUCAAAAUGCGAGACAGAGGGGAAAGAAGUCAAGAAACAUCUCUGCACUUUCUUGCAGUAUUACAGGUCAACUCCAAAUCCUAAUGUUCCAAAUCAAGUUUCUCCCGCGGAAGCCUUGCUUGGAAGACCAAUGCGAACAACGUUAGAUCUGCUUAAGCCCUCGAAAUGCUCAACUGCUCAACCUGAGAAACCGCUGCCAAAACAAAAGCAAGAAGAACAAUACAACAGGAGACAUGCAGUCAAAGCUAAAAAAUUUGAACCAGGAACAAAAGUUUAUGUUCAAAUUCACACUUACAAUAAAUGGUCGUGGAUUCCUGGGGAAAUAGUCGAAAAAGUUGGAAGAGUUAUCUACAAUGUACUUGUCGACACACGAAGUCGCUUGGUUCGAGCUCAUGCGAAUCAAAUCAAGUUUAGAGCUAUCAAGGACAAUGACGACUCAUCUCAACAGCAAGAAAUUCAAUUACCACUUGAAAUAUUAAUCAAUGCCUUCGAUCAGGGAGGAAAACAAGAGAACAUUCAAGAAACUACCUCUGUUCCUCAAGGAAAUUCUACUUCACCUCAAAUUCUAGAAGACAUCAAUCAAGAACUAUUGCAAUCUCAAGAAUCGUCUUCACAACCAGAUUCAGGUCAACGAUCGGAACCUGUGCAACAGGAAAAACCAGUGCUUAGGCGCUCUCAACGCAAUAGACGUCGUCCACGUAAACUGGAGGAUUACCAGUGUCACUCUUCCAGAUAG